CGCUCGAACGCCGGGAAAACACGAGUCGUUUUUCGCCGCGACGACACGCACCGAAGUUUUCCGAAUUUCGAAGUUCGAUUCUUGAAUAGACUGUAACGGUCGUAUUUGAUUUUAGUAGAUUUUGUUGUUCUAUGAUUCUAAUUUUUUUCUGAUAUAAAUUAUUUUAUUUUUAUUGUGAAAAGUGUCUGCAAAUAAACUUGUGGGAUGUUUUGUGAUUUUGUCAACGAUUGGUUGUGAUUGGUCGUAAAGUUGGCUGAUGCCGCUGUUGGUCACUCUAAGCUUUGAAUUGGAGUCCAUCAAUCAAGCUCCACUCUACGGGGACAAUUGAAACGGACCGCGAACAUCAGUAGCACUUAACAUGUCCAACUAGACUAUUCAGUGCUCGUCCAAACGAUGACAAGUGCCGAGUGAUCUUGAGAACAAGGAUAAAACACGCUGUUAUCGAUGAACGAAUUAAAUUAUAACGCUGGGAUGAGCUCCUACCAGUUCGUCAACUCGCUUGCUUCCUGCUAUGGGAAUCAAGCGCCUGGGCGUACUGGGACGCCCGUCGAGCAAGCAGGCCAUCCUGGCCUCCCAACACCAGGCGCUGAUUAUUAUAAUCCAAAUGCUGCGGCUUCUGCAUACCCAAAUGCUUGUUAUUCCCCACCGCAAGUUGGGCAUCACUACCCACAACACCCAUACGGGACGCCAGCAACUGGAGCACACAUGCAACCGCAAACUAUGAUAGACUACACACAACUACAUCCUCAAAGACUGGGUAGUACAGCCAGUCACAUGCAUCAGCACUCAAAUCCGAGCCCCGGGGCACUGUCCCCCAACCUGAUGUCCACACCACCGAGCCAAGCCGCUGGAAACAGUUGUAAAUUCGCGGAUUCAACUUCUACGACUGGAGUGGCGUCCCCACAAGACUUGUCCACUUCUUCUGGACCAGGUCGAACGUCGCCUGGUUUCGGAGGCGUCGGAGGACAAAAUUCUAGUGGAACCACAAGUACUAAACUAGGCCUAACUACACCCAUCGCUUCUCCAGUAGAACACAAGGCUAAUGUGAACCAGAAUAUAUCAAGUCCCGCCUCCAGCACAUCCAGCAACGAGAGCAAUGAGGCUAAUAAUUCUAGCUCAAACACGAAGAAUUCUAAGUCUUCUGCAUCCAACUCUUCGGCAAAUCCUCCGCAGAUAUAUCCAUGGAUGAAGCGAGUACAUCUAGGACAAAGCACGGUGAACGCCAACGGGGAGACGAAGCGUCAGAGGACAUCGUACACCCGGUACCAGACGCUCGAGCUGGAGAAGGAGUUCCACUUCAACCGGUACCUGACGCGGAGGAGACGGAUCGAGAUCGCGCAUGCGCUCUGCCUCACUGAGCGCCAGAUCAAGAUCUGGUUCCAGAACCGCCGCAUGAAGUGGAAGAAGGAGCACAAGAUGGCGUCGAUGAACAUAGUGCCGUACCAUAUGAAUCCCUACGGCCACCCCUACCAGUUCGACCUUCACCCGAGCCAGUUCGCGCAUCUCUCCGCAUAGGAUCAGUGGAAUUUUUCGAACAGCGGAUAACUGAUUUAUUAAUGUAGACAGUCGUCCGCCACGCGGGGUUGUGUGUAAUAUCAUAGAGUACUCUGAUGUUACAGCAACCAGACUGGGUCAGUUAUUCGCUGUUCGAAAAAUUUCUAUAGUGUAGCCUAAUUUUGUUAUUGUUAUUGAGACGUUGAAAGUGACGAAGACAGUGUUUGUGCGGCAAGAUACCGUGGAACAGAACUGCAGUGACGAGUAGAGAGUGCUAAUUGUGAGAAAUAUGAAUAUAAAACGUAACAUUUAAAGUUUAUUCCAAUUUCCCAUACCUGUACUAAGACAUGUAACGAAAUCAUCAUUCUUGUCACGAAAAAGUUAUAUGUAAACAUAAACUACAACGGUGUUAAAAUUUAAAGUAGAAUUGAAUUUUACCUAGUCAUAAGCUGUACGGUAUCGAUUUGCAUUAUUCGUUAAACUGUAAGAUAUAAACAACUGAAUACCGAUAUUGUGUACAUUGUGGUGGCUAGAAGGUGUCUACUGUUAAACAAUGUGAUAGCAAAAUUUUGACCAGGUUUGCAUUUCAUUGAAUGUUUUCAGCAGAGUGGAGAUAGAUGAUACAAAAAAAACAUAUCAAUGAACUGUCAAAUGCUGGACGGAACUUUGUAUAUCACGUUUUCAUCGUAGACACUUGAUAGUAUUAAGAUAGACGAUACUCCCAGCGUAAGUAGUCAUCACAAGAAUAAAACAAAUUCGGAAUUGUACAGGGAUAGAGUAAAGGCGUACGAACAACAUAUUGUUAAAGACAAAAUGUAUCAGAAAAAUAUUAUAUUUAGGUCAUUUCAUAAUCUAGUAACGAAUAUUAGAGACGGCUUGUAAAAGCGCUGUGAAACUUGAUGAAAGCUCAGUAAUAGAUUGUGAAUAGGUAAUUCCUUCCUAUUAAUGUAAAUAACUUGUCACGUAGUAGGUACGGUGAAAAAAUUAAUAUAUAUCAGUAUGUCUCCCGAACUGUUUUAUGUUCCUGUCCUUAGUUUGUAAAUAACAAAGUAUUUAUCACAUUAUAAAUACGUACUAUAGUUAAAGAUAUUAAGUAAUGGUAUGAAUAGUGAUUUUUUAAAGUUUCCACAAAAGAUACCAUUUAAAAAUUUCAUGUGGCUCUAUUGCGUACUUUAAAGUCUUUUAAUGUCGUAUAUUGUAAAAUGUACUUAAAAUAAUGCUAGUGAUAAAAUCUUUUCUUUUUCAUAAUUUUCUUCAGUUGUUUUGAAAUUGUUUUCAUUUUCAUUGAAGUUUUGUGAAAUUAUCAGUUGUUAGUUAAAAAUUGAUUAAUAUUCAAACUAUUUUAGUGUCUAAACUUUUUAAUGGGACGCCCUAACAAGGUUAUACACCUCUAGAUGUGAUAGAAUUCACAUGUUGCAUUGCCUAACCUUGUCACAACGUCCAAAUUAAUGAUUUUGGAUAAUUUGACCUUAUGAUUUAUAAAUCGCCGCUUCAAGUUUUGUUGUCACAUUUUUAUUAGAAAACGUCGUGGUCAACUGUGAUAUUUUGUUAAAUUUUAAUUCUUAAGUGAAAACAGCGCGAUUUGAGUUCGUAUAUUUGAUUUUAUUUCAAGAAGUAUGUUUGUAAUGCUUAAUUUCUUCGAUUGGUAUAUUUGUUGCUUUAUUUAUUGUUUGUAAAUAUUAGGUAAUAUAGUUUAAACUAAAAAUGUUCAAAUUCUUAAGUAAAAUAACUUCUCUCACUGUUUCUUUUGUAAAAAUUCUGUGCAAUAGGACGUGGCCUGACUAUUUUCCGUCUUCUAUCAUUUUGUAAAAUAUUUUUCCUCCUAAUUUAGUUAUGUUAUUUCUUUAUUAACUAAUAAAAUAACGUUUAUCGUUCAUUCCAGUUUAAAUGAGGACUCUAGUAAAGUAUGCUACUGAUCAUUUAAAUUAUUGUAUUGUAUUAAUAAAGUGUAUUAAAUUUGAAAAAUUGGUGAAGAUGAUAAAAUAAAUUAUGAUGAUAA